UCUCCGCGGGAUGUCGUCCUUCGUGACGCGAUUUUCAUUGCAGAAGAAACGGUGCACCCUUCUGUGCUUGCUGUGUUACCUGAUCACGCAACAUCGCGUUCUUGCGGAUGAUAACAAUCCUUAUCAAUUCUCCUUCAACAUCGUCGAUUUUCAGCAUAGAUACGAAGAGAAAGAUGCCGAGGGGCUUAUUAACGGAGAAUAUGGCUUUAUUACGGCCGAUGGCGUUUACCAUGAAACUGGAUAUGCCACGGAUAAAAAUGGCGAUUUUAUUAUCACCAAGCAGAGAAACCGGAAGAUAACGAGUUUGAAGGAUGCACAAGAAAUAUUCAAGGAUAGACCGGAAGCGGCGAAGAAAUUGGUAGAAGCUGUGAUAAAGGCUUGCGGCGGCUGUAAGAUCCCAACGGAUGAUCAUCCGAAAUCUGCAAAAACAGUCACGGAAUCGCCGCUGCAGAAAGAAAUGGACCCGAUAUUGAAGCAGAUGAUGAAGACAUUGUCAGAAAAUGUAAAACAUGACGAGGAGAAACAGCCAGCGAAAGACAUCGUUAAAAGCAUGAUGCAAGCUGCGAAGAAGUUAUUGUCCGAAGAAGAUAAACCGAAUAAAGUCAUAAGUGAUCGAAUGCUGGAAAAUAUGGCGAACGAUUUGUACUAUCGAUUCAAUUACACAAUAACGACGCACGGCCAUCACGAGGACGGCUAUCGAAGCGGAAGAAAAGACGGUAGAUAUCAGUCACGAGACGAAAACGGUAUCGACACGCAGGUGAAGUAUCUGUCGAAUGAAUUCGGGCAUCAGCCCAACAUCACAUUUAUCACGCAGCCGAAUACAACCGACGAUAAGCACGCUUUCAAAGGAUACUUGUUUCGUUGGUAUUGGCCGUAAACUUUAUUUCACAUACAUAUAAUGUGGAUUUUAUAUUCUAACGAAGAGAUUUAUAUUAUAAAAUGUACUAACAUUUUUUUAAUUAAUAUCGAGCUACGUCUAAAAAC